CAAAUCCUUGCCGGUUUGCCAUUCAUUGCGUUCAACCCACUACCCUGGCCAAAAAGCUGGUACCUAGCUUCCAUAUCUCUUUCACUCUCAAAUAUUACCUGUUACAAUCGGGGAUCUCUUGCAGCCAUGAGGAACGUCCUCUCUGUGCUCCAACCUACCUUCUGCGUCUCCUUAUUCUUCAAUCUUUGCCUCAUCUCAAUCGCUGCUCCUAUAACCCGUUACAUUCCCUCUGAGAUUAUUACCCUCAGCUGUGGCACUUCUGACAACUUAAAGGCUAUGGAUGGGCGAACCUGGAUUGGAGACGUGGGUUCCAAAUACCGUCUCAAAGAAGUAGAUAAUAAAACAUCUACCAUUAUCAACUUUACAGCACAAUCAAAGCCCCCCGUCGAUGCUGUCCCCUACAUGAUUGCCCGCAAAUCGUAUUUCAAUUUCACGUACGUGUUUCCAGUCACGCCAGGCCCGAAAUUCGUUCGGUUGUACUUCUACCCAGGUGACAACUUACGUGAUAGCACGGUUAAGGACUUAUUCACCGUCCAAGCAGGUUCAUACACCUUACUUACCAACUUUAGUGCUUCUACUACUAUUAAUGAUACUUCCCAACAGACUCUUAGCAUAGAGUUUUGCGUCAACAUACUUGAAAAUGAACAACAAUUGAAUUUAACCUUCAUCCCAUUUCCAAGUGCCGAUAAUGGAUUCUACGCUUUCGUUAAUGGAAUUGAGGUUGUCUUCAUGCCAAACUACCUCUACUACUCGUCACCAGUUGGAAUUGGCAGCUAUUACGUAGGUCAAAACAGGCCAAUAAAAAUUUUAUCCGACAUGGCACUCGAGACAGUUUACAGGUUGAAUGUAGGGGGCUCCCCCAUAUCAGCGAUGUCUGACACUGGCUUCUUUAGACAAUGGUCAGAAGACCCAUCUUAUUGGUUGGGUGAUGAAGCCGCAACCCCUCAUGAGCCAUCCUUGAUGCUCAAAUACUCAGUAAUAGCAAAUUACACAGCACCUGAUGACGUCUAUCGGUCUGCGGUGUCAAUGGGUCCAAAUAGAUCCAUAAACUUGCUUUCAAACUUGACCUGGGGAUUACCCGUUGCGUCGGGAUUCAAUUAUCUGGUGAGGCUCCAUUUCUGUGAAAUACAGCCCGAAAUAACGAUGGUUGGAGAAAGGCCAUUCAUUAUCUAUAUAGAUAAUCAGACAGCUGAACCCAAUGCUGAUGUAAUUAUGUGGGGCGGAGGUAGGGAUAUACCAGUCUAUCAGGACUAUGUAGUAAUGAUGCAAAAAAAUGGUGUUGAUGUCAAAAGCACCCUGUUCAUUUCUCUACACCCUCGUAAAGAAACCAAUGCAAUAAACGAUGCCAUCUUAAAUGGUGUGGAAGUGUUCAAAUUGAGUGAUACCAGAAGAACCCUUGCCGAACCCAAUCCUAACCGUACGAGCUCUCUAUUGCCGUCUUCGAAAGGUAUGCGCCAUGAGUCCAUGUUAAAGAACACAAUUAUCAUUGUGACCGGAAGUGGUGGGGGCUUCUUGAUAUUGCUCACUCUGAUGUGGUUUAUGAUUCUCUCAAAAAGGUGGAAGACUAACAGCUAUGGUUCAUGCGGCUCUCCACUAUCGAAGUACUGCUGGUGCUGGCCUAACCCUAGCAAAAGUAAGUCAAAAGGGACACAAGCCUCGUUGGCCCCCGAUGAAUUUUGCCGCCACUUCUCAUUGGGCGAAAUAAAAACAGCAACCCGCAACUUCCAUGAAGAAUUAAUUGUCGGAGUCGGAGGCUUUGGCAAUGUAUACAAGGGUCUAAUCGACAAAGGUACUGUGACUGUCGCCAUCAAGCGCUUGAAUCGGGAGUCGCGACAAGGUGUAUGUGAGUUCAGGACAGAGAUCGAGAUGCUCUCCAGACUUCGCCAUGUACACCUUGUCUCUCUCAUCGGAUAUUGCGAAGAGGAGGGAGAGAUGAUCCUCGUCUACGACUACAUGGCCAACGGGACCCUCCGCCACCACCUCUACGACAUCGAAAGCAAUCACUUCCCAUGGAAAGAGAGGUUGAAGAUUUGCAUAGGAGCAGCACGUGGUUUGCACUACCUACAUACGGGCGCAAAGCAUCCAAUUAUCCAUCGUGAUGUGAAGACAACCAACAUCCUGUUGGACCAAGAUUGGGUGGCCAAGGUUUCAGAUUUUGGCUUGUCCAAAAUGAGUGUUGAUAACACUGAGGUUAGUACGAUGGUAAAAGGUACUUGGGGGUAUUUGGAUCCAGAUUAUGCAAGGCGUCAAAAACUGUCGGAAAAAUCUGACGUGUACUCGUUUGGGGUGGUGCUUUGGGAAGUAUUAUGUGCUCGAAAAGUAUUAGAUCAAAAACUAGAGGAGGAGCAGUGGAAUUUGGCCAAUUGGGCGACAAAAUGCAUAGACAGAGGGAGCAUUGGUCAGAUCAUUGAUCCGUAUCUGAAGGGGAAGAUAGCUCCAAAGAGUUUCAACGUGUAUGUGGAGGUCGCGGAAGGUUGUGUGCGUGAGCAAGGGAUCCAUCGGCCCACCAUGGAUGAUGUCAUGGAAAAGCUCCGAUUUGCAUUGGAGCUUCAAGAGAAUGAAGACGCUGCCAUAGACAAACUCAAUUCCGCUGGUGGGAUAAUUUAUCCGAACUUGUUAUCAUAUCACUCUGUUGUAUACAGUGAUCAUGUGUCGGAAAUGGGAAGUGAGAGUGGGUUAACCGCGACUACAAUUAGUGAAUCGACUCGCAUGACUCGUGACUCUGGCACUAUUCGAAGCAGCGAAGAAGGCAUGAGGGAUGGCCCCAUAGAGAUCGAAGAUAGUACCACUCAUUGAGUUUACGGACUGCCAAUAUGCUAUUGUGUGAGUGUGAGUUCAUGCAAUUUAAUUAGGUUGUGGAUAAAAAAUAGUUUGUGCGUAAAAAGUAGUUAAUGUUUAAGCCUUAAGGGCAACUUGCCCAUUGGAUUGUCACAAUUGUCCAAGCUUUUGUAACUAAGGCUAUGGUUGGCAAGUGAAGUA